GUCGUGUUGCGUACAGUAGGCGUUGCAAGUUUUUUCCUACCAAUAACCAGAUGGCUCCGCCCCGUGCCUCGCACUAGUAUCUUUCGAAAGUCUAUUUUGCGUAGAGUGUGUGCUCCAAUCUCUCUCUCUGUCCUGCUAGCGUUCGUCCCACACCAUGAGCCAUUUGCCGUGGAAAAUAGACGAGUACUCUUUUUUCUCCGCCGCCCCGUUCUUUCUAGUCCCCGCACAACUUCUGGCAAGCCUCCAGAAAAAUCUUGAACAGUGAUUCUUCUGGCGCACAACUUCUGGCUGUGAUUACUUGACGCGCAGCGAAGAACGAAGCAUGGUUUGUUCUAUGAAGAUAGUUAGCUGCAUAUACUACACAUCAGCGCGACAAGGGUUGUCGCUUCUUUAUUUGAAACGAACCGCGGCCGCGCUUGGAGGAGAUGCGCGAUUCCGCAUCACUUCACGCAGGAGCUGGGUUCAGGUUUAUAUUUAUUUCCUUUUCGCAUUACAGAUUUACAUUGGGGUAGCCUUGCUGGCGUGAUUUGGCUUUACAGUUU